UGGAGUUUCUGCUGUCAGCCAGAUUUCUCUCCAUUGUAUUUUAUGCCGCUCACAUGGUGGAUUUUCCUUCCGUUUCUGAUUCCCAGCUUUCCACAGAGCACAAGGAACGGAUAUGGACACGAAUCACAGUUCUCUUCUCUCCAUUGCUGGUUUCGAAUCAACAAGAUUUUCUUAACUGUCGAUCAUCACCUAAAACAGGACUGUGAAAGGGAAAGCUGCCGUAUAGUCCGGGGACGAAAAUGAUAUAAUGGCAGCAAACCUCACCUACAAACUUUGGUCAGGAAGAAAAUCAAUUCCAGUUUUGGUCGGAUUCGGUGUGAAAUAAACCAUGAGGUCUUCCACCUCCAGAAUAUCAACCUUCUCCUCCAGGGAUUCAUUAUGGAACCGACUUUAGAUUUGGAUAAAAAUGCACUACAAAAGGUAAAGAAAUCAGCAAAAUCAAUAAACACUUCUGGUCAAGAACAUGUGCAAAAUGAAGAGAACUAUGCACAAGCACUAGAUAAAUUUGGUAGUAAUUUUUUAAGUCGUGAUAAUCCUGAUCUUGGCACAGCUUUUGUUAAAUUUUCCACACUCACAAAGGAGCUUUCAACAUUGCUGAAAAACUUGCUGCAGAAUCUUAGUCAUAAUGUCAUCUUCACUUUGGAUUCACUAUUGAAGGGAGAUCUGAAAGAUGUCAAGGGGGACUUGAAGAAACCUUUUGACAAGGCAUGGAAGGAUUAUGAAACAAAAUUUGCUAAAAUUGAAAAAGAGAAACGGGAGCAUGCAAAGCAGCAUGGGAUGAUUCGGACUGAAAUUACAGGAGCUGAAAUAGCAGAAGAAAUGGAAAAGGAGCGACGGGUCUUUCAGCUCCAGAUGUGCGAGUAUCUCAUUAAAGUGAAUGAAAUCAAGACAAAGAAGGGUGUGGAUCUGCUCCAAAAUCUCAUCAAAUAUUACCAUGCACAAUGCAAUUUUUUUCAGGAUGGCUUAAAAACAGCAGAUAAACUGAAACAGUAUAUUGAGAAACUGGCUGCUGAUUUAUACAAUAUCAAGCAAACACAGGAUGAGGAAAAGAAGCAGCUGUGUACUCUCCGUGAUAUGCUCAAAUCCUCACUGCAACUUGAACAGAAAGAAGAUUCUCAAAGUAGACAAUCGGGAUACAGUAUGCACCAGCUUCAAGGCAAUAAGGAAUAUGGCAGUGAGAAGAAGGGAUAUCUCAUGAAAAAAAGUGAUGGUCUUCGAAAAGUAUGGCAGAGAAGAAAGUGCACAGUAAAGAAUGGCUACUUGACAAUAUCCCAUGCAACUACCAACAGACAACCAGCAAGACUGAAUCUACUCACUUGCCAGGUGAAACCCACUGCAGAUGAGAAGAAGUGUUUUGACUUGAUAUCACACAACAGAACCUAUCACUUCCAAGCAGAUGAUGAACAGGAAUGUCUAGUAUGGAUAUCAGUAUUAACGAACAGUAAAGAAGAGGCAUUAAACAUGGCAUUCAGAGGAGAGCAAAGCAGUGGAGAGAACAGCAUAGAGGACCUAACCAAAGCCAUCAUUGAAGAUGUGCAGCGGAUGCCUGGCAAUGAUGUCUGUUGUGAUUGUGGAGCUCCAGAUCCUACUUGGCUGUCAACCAACCUAGGAAUUUUGACAUGUAUAGAAUGUUCUGGAAUACACAGAGAAAUGGGAGUGCAUAUUUCUAGAAUACAGUCCCUAGAACUGGAUAAAUUAGGAACCUCUGAACUCUUGCUGGCCAAGAAUGUAGGAAAUAUCAGUUUCAAUGAAAUUCUGGAAGCCAACCUACCGCAACCAUCACCAAAGCCAAUUCCACAUAGUGACAUGACUGCACGUAAAGAAUACAUACAUGCAAAAUAUGUAGAUCAUAAAUUUGCCAAAAGGUUGUGCACCUCUUCCUUAGCUAAAAUGAAUGAGUUGUUGGAAUCUGUGAAGUCCAGGGAUUUACUUGCACUAAUUCAAGUCUAUGCAGAGGGAGUUGAACUAAUGGAGUCACUACCAGAUCUUGGACAGGAACCAGGGGAAACAGUACUUCACCUAGCUGUUCGAACUGCUGACCGAACCUCUCUCCACCUAGUUGACUUUCUUGUACAGAAUAGUGGUAAUCUGGACAAGCCAACUGCAAAAGGAAACACUGCUGUACAUUACUGCUGCAUGUUCGAUAAAGUAGAAUGUUUAAAAUUGCUUCUUCGGGGCAAACCAAGUUUAAAUCUAGUAAACCAGGGUGGAGAAACAGCCCUAGAUAUAGCGAGAAGAUUGCAGCGUCUGCAGUGUGAAGAAUUGAUCAGUCAAGCUACCUUAGGAAAAAUUAAUCCUCAUGUUCACGUAGAAUAUGAGUGGCAGUUACGGCAAGAAGAAAUUGAUGAAAGUGAUGAUGACUUGGACGUAAAGACCAGCCCUGUAAAAAAAGAACGUUCUCCAAGGCCACAGAGCUGCUGCCACUCUUCUAGUCUCUCCCCACAAGAUAAACUUAUGAUCCCCGGACUUGGCAUAGCACGGGAAAAGCAGCGACUGUCAUAUGGGGCAUUUAGUAAUCAAAUAUAUGGAAGUGGCACGGAUUCUCCAACAUCACCGGCCACUGAUGCCCCUCCACUUCCUCCUAGGAAUCCAAGCAAAGCUCCACAUGGCCCAGUCCCUCCUUCAGUCCUUCCUGUAGGUCCCCAGGUCACAACCGGCAGCUCCACUUUAUCAAAGAAGAGACCACCGCCCCCACCCCCUGGACACAAACGAACCUUAUCUGACCCACCAAGCCCGCUACCUCAUGGUCCCCAGAAUAAAGGUCUGAUUCCUUGGGGCACAGAUACUGGUCCCCCACAGUCAAAUCGAACAGGAAAUAAGUUUGAGGGAUUGCCUCAACAAUCAAGUACUGGAACUGGAACCACAAAAACUGCCUUAGGUCCACGGGUGCUUCCAAAGCUACCUCAAAAAGUGUCUCUGAGAAAAAUCGAUAGUAUCCAUCACAGUUCAGUAGACAAAUCAAGUCCAGACACUUUUCAGAAGCCACAUCCGGGAGAUCUGACCCAGAAAUCAUAUGUGGAAGAACUACCCCAGAAGCCGCAUCCGGGCGACCUGCCCCAGAAGCCGCAUCCGGGCGACCUGCCCCAGAAGCCGCAUCCGGGUGACCUGCCCCAAAAACCCAAAGAUCUGCCUCCAAAACCACAGCCAGGAGAAAUCCCUCAAAAACCCCACAUAGGAGAAGUCAUCCAAAAGUCCCAGCCUGGGGAGGUGUCCCAAAAGCCACAGGCUCAAGAGAUUUCUCCAAAACCACAGUCAAGGGACAUGCUGCAGAAACAGCCAUCUGAAGAUGCGAAUGGUACAUCUCCCAGUUUACCUGAAACCCCUGUACCCCUACCACGCAAGAUAAAUACAGCAAAGAACAAAAUCCGCCGGGUAAAAACCAUAUAUGACUGCCAAGCUGACAAUGACGAUGAACUUACCUUUAUUGAGGGGGAAGUGAUUGUUGUAACCGGUGAAGAGGACCAGGAGUGGUGGAUUGGCUAUAUUGAGGGGCAACCUGACAGAAGUGGUGUCUUUCCAGUGUCCUUCGUGCACAUUUUAUCUGAUUAACAUCCUACGAACUCCAACGUCACAGAUUCACAACUGUGGAUACUUCCAUCUGAUGUUGUAAAGUGGCUGAAACUUGCUUAUUCCUGUGCAUAUUUUGUACAUAGAUGAUCGAGAAAAUCAUUCGAGACCCACCUUGUGAGGUGACUGUAAAUAUUGUUACUUGCCUUUGCCAGUAUUAUAAUCGCCUUGGAACCAGGCACACCAUAUCUGGUGUACUGCAGCCAUCCAUGGCAACUAGCACUUACUAAUCUUACCUAUGCUGUUGAUGGGAUACAUCUGCCUGCUUGUCAGAUUUAUAGGCAGCCUCAUUUAGUAAUUUAACUAUAUAAGCUUGACUUUUGUUCUUGACAUCAUCUCAGUAUUCUAAAUAAAGUUAAAAAUAGCAGUUUUGCUGAGAAUAGGUUCAGGUUUCAGUUUGCACUGAUCCUUUUUGUCCUUCUGCUUUUAACAUGGAUGCUGCGCAUACUCUCAAUGUACUCAUGGGAUUAUAUGUGGUUUUGAUUGUAAGUGAUCAGACAAAGUUACUUGAGAAUGAAUGACUGGGAAACUUGUUAAAGUUUCUUUUACCUCAUCUGAGGGCAGUGUUGAGACCUCUUAAGGAUUUACACCCUGUUACAGAUAAAAAUCUGUUUGACAGAUGGAAGUUACUACAAAACAGCCUUUAAGACGAUCCAUUGAGAAUAAUUGAAAAUUCAAAAUUUAUUUUCAGUUCUUCCAGGUCUGCUGUUAGGGAUUGAAAGCAGUGCUUGGAUAACCCUUUUGAGGGUUAGGUUUUCUGGGAUGGAAAAUUUCCAUUUCUGUCUUAUCUAUUGACUUUUUAAAUGUUAUUAACCUAAAUAAAUAGGUUAAGUUCUAUCUCAAGCAUCAUUUCAUUGUAUUGGUUUAAUUUAUACUAAGAUUUGGAAGUCUCUGAAGAGUCUUUAUGAUUUUAGAUAUGGUUGGUUGAAUUACAGGACAUUAGCACAAACAAGUCCAGUUUUAGCUGUGAUAAAAGGGAACGUCACUGCCUCCUGCACCAGAGAUGGAUGGCCUUAACUCCUCAGUGGUAACACUACCUAGGAGUGUAGGUCCUCAAAAGUUGAUGUUUAGUCACAGAUGCUCAUUCAAGCAGUAAACAGUGCAAAAGCAACUGUACAUACAUUAUGCAAUGUGUGCAGUUAUCAAUUUUAAAUAUAUACAUUGUAUUACAUAUGUUUACAACAUUUGGAAUAGUACAUCAUUGCAUGUAAAACUGUAAGCUGAAGAUACUGUUCUAAUACUUGCUAAUUCUCCCUCCUUUUUGUUCUUUUAAAUACAUUACCAUUGGACACUACAAAGUGCAGUUUCAUUGCAAGUAUGACUUUGACAUUUGCUGUUUCAGAUGCAGCAUACAUUUACAUGAAACAGACCUUGAAUAUAUUAACUUAAUCAUUGUAUGAAUAAUUGACCAUUUGAGGGAGAUGAGACUAUACAUGUUUUUAAACAAAAUACCUACAAAUUCAAACUGGUUACUUCCUGUUCUGUCUCAUAGAGAAUGAAUUGCAUUCCUUUGCACAAUUCUUGAACUGCUUGGAGAACAAAAGUGACAGUGACUCUUUAGGUUGCUUAAGGCUUUAAUAACUAUACUGCUUCAUAUUCAUUACUGAAAUUCAUCUUAAAGACCCCAAAAAAAAAAAAAAAAAAACACAUUCUGAAAAGGAGUCUACUUGCAUUUCGUGCCUGGCUAAGAAAAAGGUAGGUUUUGAUAUGAUUCUUAAAAUAUUUGGUUAGUUAGUGUGGAGUUAAGCUUAACUAAUGACAACUGACUAUAUUCUUUAAAAAGGAUGUAAUUUAAUUCUUAAUAAAAAAGGUACUUAUUUCAAGUAAGUUUAGAUAAAAAGUAAAUAAUUAAAUUGAAUUACUUGUAUUAAGACUUCUGGCCUGGCGCUGCAGUGGUCUUGUACAAUACUGAACUGUUACCAGUACACUUAGGUUGAAAUGUUCAGCUCCACAGAAUGUGGAUAGGCCCCAAAUCUUAACCAGAAAUUUGAAAUUUUCAGUUUUUAAAUUUUUCUUCAUUUUGAUUUCAAGUUGAAGUGUAAACAAGCUAUUGAUGGUGGACUUUGUAAUAAGUUCAUUACAGGUAGUUGCCACAGUUGAUGCAUCAGAUUGCCAGAGUUUGUUAUAAGUCAGUGCAUAAUCAACAGCUGAAGAUAAAUAUUUUGAUUAAUCACAUUCAGAAAUGUGAACAGAUUAUGCAUCAAGCUACAAUUCUGCUAUUGUUUAUAAAUGGAUAACUUCUAACAAUGAUAAACAACUAUUGUGGAUUUUAGUACUUUGCUCUUAUCCUUGAUUAGGCUUCCCCUAAAUUAUGUACUUAGUAAAUCAGGUGGUACAAUCAACCUACUGAAUGUAAAAGGUGUGCUAUAUGACUGCAGCUUACUAUAUCACGUGUUUGCAUUCUUUAUGUACAAAAAUUGCUACGGGAAGAUAUUUUAAAAGCAAAAUAUUUAUGUUCCAAUGUUAUAUUGCAACAUAAAAUCCUAUGAAGUAUUAUAAA